AAAGGGAAAAAAUGCUCUUAUCCAUUUAUCCCGAAACCCAACUCGUCUUAUCUUAAUUACCGCGUUGAUCAGAAACCGUCGUCGUCGUCUCUUUAUCUCUCUAGAUGGCUCGUUCCCUCUCUCUCUCACUUUCUCUCUCUAAAGGCCGCUUCACCGCAGCUGCAGCCUCUCUCCUCCCUUCAUCAAACCUCGUAUCCUUCCGAUCUCAAUCCUCCGAUCGUCGGGCUAGCCACGUCGGCGAUCUUUACGAAAUCGACACCGCCGCCUCUCAAUCGCCGUCGGAUCCUUUGAUCCAGAAGCUCGAGGACGCCGUUCACCGGAUAUUUGUCCGCCGAUCAGCACCUGAUUGGCUCCCGUUUGUUCCCGGUGCGUCGUAUUGGGUCCCGCCUCCUGGAUCUGGAUCUCAGUCUCAUGGGGUCGCACAGCUCGUCGCGAAGCUGGCCAAUCCGUUAACCACCGAGGAAUCUCUCUCCACCAAUUCCUCUCACGGAUGGCCUUCCUCUGAUUAUUUCCUUAAAGGUUUAGGUGCACAACCUCAAUUGAUGAAGACAGAGACCGAGACGACUUCAAAUACUGAGUCUCACUCCGAGGAUGAGGAAGUGUAAAACCGCACUAGUCGUCGAAUCAACCGGCGUUUGGGAAGAGAGGUUGACGUUAGCAGGCCCUUUUGGAUCUGUAGAUUGUCAAGGACACAAGAUGGGACAAUACUGACGACAGAACCGAGUGCAAAGACGCCAUAUAGACGACCAGGUUUCUCGUGACACAAAAAAAGAAAAAAAAAAAAAAAGACGAGCAGGUUUCUUUACUAAUCCCAAAAUGUGUAAAAUUCGAAUAAGAGUAGUUGUUUUAGGCUUGGAGCAAUUCCCUCUUGUUUAAUGUAAUCGUCACGUUUUUAAAAAGCUCUUGUAUAUA